GCUUUCGGUACGGUCUACUUUACUGGAGGACAGUGACGGAGGAGGUUGGAAUCCACCUCUAUGUGUCUUUUCGGACGGAACUACCCAGGUCAGAGCACUGAACCGUCCUGGAAAACGUAGCACUCUCCGAAUUUUUCCUGCCUCGACAAAUAAAUGCUCAGCAUAGGCAUCAGAGAAAUAAAACACGCGAAAAACAAGGAUCAUUUUGCAAACGGAAACAAAAGCGCAUUGGCCAUACAGAGCACGGAGCUUCUCAAUGCAUACCCUCUGUGCCCGAGGAACGAUGAAGCCAGAGAUAAGCGCCGCCGUCGGGUUUCUGUCGAGAUUCCUGCGGAUUAAAGGACAUAUGAACGACAGACAGCUCCAGACGUUCAACCAGACUCUACAGGACAUCCUGGCAGAGCAAUACAAGCACCACUGGUUCCCAGACCGUCCCAACAAAGGUUCUGGGUAUCGAUGCAUACGCAUCAACCACAAGAUGGACCCUCUGGUGGGACAGGCCGGCCAGCGCAUUGGCCUGAGCAUCCAGCAACUCUACCUGCUGCUUCCCAGUGAGCUGACAUUGUGGGUCGACCCAUUUGAAGUGUCCUACCGCAUCGGAGAGGACGGCUCGAUUUGUGUGCUCUAUGAGUCCCACCCCAGCACCAACGGAAACCCCAGCAUCACCACUGGAAACAGCAACCCCGCCUCUUCUGUCACCCAGGUAUCCCCGAUGGUGGACAGUCACAUCAGCUGCAAGGAGGAACUUCUGGUUAUGGGCCGCACCAGCUCCACCAAACCUUACCUGAUGACUGUGUCCAGCUAAAUUGGUCACAGAAGUCAUUUUUUAAAAAUAAAAAAGAGAAAGGAGGAGGAGGAGAAGAAGAAGAAAAAAAAACAGGAUGUGUCCUAUCAUCCAGGUGAUGGAAACCUCGUAGGUUUAAUUUUCACUCGUUUGGUUGUCUGUUCUGUUGUUGUGUUGGAUCUACCAGAGGCUUGACCCUGGGGCAGCUAAUGAAGACCUGAAACAUCGCCCGGCCCCCCAGCUCACAUAGACUUGCCUACUCCCGUGUCGGCGGUCCUUGGGGUGCUUUUUCCACCAUCUUCUGCCGAUGUUGACUUUGCACUUUCGCUUUCACUGUUUAUGUUAUUGCAUAAACGCAAACUCCCUCUAAAAUGUUAAGGAAUUAGUCAAAGAAUCCUGUUUUAUCAUUUCACCGUUCACUGUCGAGCUAAAAGCCCAGACACACCGGCAGCUGUGCCAGACCUGAGUAACCGCUUACAAGCCUCCUUUUUUCUUUCUAUUUUUUGGACCACAAAGCGGCACAUUUGUCACUCUUCUCAUUGUCUGGUAUGCAAUGGGCCUUAUUUUGAGCUUCAGGUCGACAUGAACCAGUUUCAAGCAGCCUCCGUCCUGUACACUGCCGCGGUGGAAUACCUGUGUCAUACUGUUACCUGCGCUAGCCGUUGAUGGCAUUGUGAUGCAAAGGUUCUCAUGCUUGUAGCUUUUUCUGGGGCUCCCUCCUGGACGAAUGUAAUUUCUAAUAAAAAAGAGAGAGAAAAAUCGAAUGCAGACUAAACAUUUGAAUUAUUUAAACCCCUCGUCAUACCAAAAUAAAAGAUGUAGCAAAGUUGUUGUUUUUUUUUACUUUGAGCAGAUGCGGUCUUUACUUUCUGCUUGAUUUAGAAAGGAUGUUGAAUGCACUUUGACAUUUUAGAUUGUGUGGGAUGACAUUUCGAUUUGACCCAGCUGCAGUCCAACACGUACCUUCUCAUUCAGUUGUGGUAAUUCGCUCUCUCUAUGUUUGCGCUCUGCACAAAGAAAUUAGUUCUCUAUCUGUAAGACUCAAUUUAAAGCCAUUAAAUGGCAAUAGACAACAGACCAGCAAGAAACGGCAUCAAAAAAAUGGACCAAUGUUGCCCAUCUUCUUGCAGAAUCGCAGGGCCAGUGAUGCUCGCUUAUUACAGAGGGUCUCCCGACGCACUUUCCAGCUUUCGUCACCGGUCUCAGUCUUAACUAGGAGUGCGCAGUCAAAACAUAUCACCUCCCUCUCUAAGCCUGUCAAAGGAGGGGGUAGGACCCUCACAUCAGGGCAGCUACAAUCCUCUCCGGCCCCCUUCUUGCAGUCUGCAGGAGAGUUUUUAUGCCAGCAUACAUACCGAGCGCACUCCAAAACCUACUGAGCCUUACGUACAGGGACGAGUUGGGACGGGAAGAGACAUAAGGUGUGCUCCUGGUUCUGGCCGAUUCUGUUUACAUUGGCACGAGGUGCGGAAAUAAGCUGAUUGCAGGCUUUGUGUGCCUGUAUGUGUGCAACGGACUGCUCUUGCCUUAGCCGCUAAACUGCAGAGACAAGGUGCUGAUAAUAAGUCCAAUGUGUGCUAAUACAUUCGACUCUAGAGGACCAUUGGUUACGGCGGGUUGUCGAUGCACUGCUGUCCCUUUAUGUUGUUUUGGCCUAUUUUAGAGAGUCGGAAAGGCGUUUUUAAAUUAAUUUGAAAUUUUAAGUACGGGUCGAACCUCGAAAUUUGGACUCAGUUUGCCAUCCCACCAUUCUGAAUGCUUUGAACUCUGAGAGGAAGCCCCCUUUGCCUGAUUGUUUUAAUAUUAAAGCUUUUUAACCUCAUUCUGGUGAUCGUAACCAAAUUGGAACAGACAAAUCGAGUGCUCUUUAGAUCUGCAGCUUUUAAACUACUAAAAACUACUUUACCCCCACCUCCACUGAAAUGACAUCAGCAAACCAUUUUCGUUCUCCGUUUCAGUUCGGUAAGCGUUUGCACACAAGUUUUAAGUAUCUUUGUGAGUCUGAACUCAAGUCUACUCUGAGGCAAGCGCACAUGAAAUGCACUAAUAGGUUAAACAUUGAAGUUAUGUGACUUUUUGAGACCGAACGUGUCUCGAUUUGGAAUGUAUUGCCAAGCUCAGUCCACAGACAUUCAUCAAAACUCUUAUGGAUGUGCAGGUUAAAAUGUGAAAAACAGAAGGGAAAGAUUUAGUUGGGAAUUUUGUCAGUCAUUUCAGAAGUGAUUCAUGUUAUUGCCACUUUCGCAUCUGAGGUGGUUCCAUAUUUCUAGAAUGUAUUGUUAUUGUACAACAUACGGUAGAGUAAGUACAUAACCAUACAUAUGGGAAGUGCCAAUAAUUGAUAUUUUGCUGUGUGUAGAUGUGUUCCUUUUUGUAUUUCAUAUUUUAACAUGAAUUACUCUUUCAUAAGUGAAGCCAAUUGUGUUAGGAAGUGUUGGAGAGGACCAAAGUUGUUUUGGUAAAAAAAAGAAAAUUACAUGUAUAUCAGUUUCCAUGCUCUGUGCUGAUAGAUUUUCCUUGUUUUUUCCUCCUCUUAUCUUUUCUUUCUUUCUUUCUUUUUUAAAUUAAGACAAAAAGAAAAAAUUCUGAGCAACCCAAGAUAAAGCUGUCUGUAUUAGGGGAAUUUUUUUUCUUUUUUAUUUUUUCGUCUGUACAAAUCUUGAGUUCGUUAUUUUUCCUCAUUCUUGGGUAUGUUGUGAUGAACUGCUGUAAAUUUGUACAGUUCAUGUAAAUUGAUUGUGUGGAAGUUGUACAGAUUUCUAUAUUUUGGAAGAAAAUUUUUUUUUUCUCUGUAAUAAAAGAUUUCCUAUCUUGGCAAUGGUU